UCUACAACAAGUAAUCGUUCACGAAUAGAGAUAGUGUAAGUAGUUGUAUUUUUCGUAGAUGAUUUACUAUUUUUUUUCAUGUAGUUAGAAGAAGAACUACAAGUACAAAGAUUUAUUGCAAAUAAAGAGCAAAAAUCAUGUUUCCUCCUCAAAAAAUGAUGAAUCGUAUCUUCGUUUUCUGCUUGUGCCUCUUGCUGAACCCGGCGUCUACCUGUGGCAAAAGUCCAGAAAAAAGUACGUCGAGCUUAUUGUUAAGCGGAGAUCAAGACGACCAAGAAGAGGCAAUGCACGAUGGAAAUGCGGUUCUUAUUGAUGGUGGCCUCACCGCAGGAUCCGAGACGGAUAGCGACGCAUCAGACGUCGACUUGGAGAUGGGAAUUCCUCGACAUGGAAUGAUCUGCAGAAGCGGUCCUACAACUCCUCAGAGUCUGCGUCGAUCCUUCGCAAUGGGUGUGAUGUUGUUUCUUAGCGCCGCUCUGGGAGAUAGCGGCUUCUCUAUUCCUCCAAACCCAAACGACGCCGGCUUAGGUGAACAAGGGGAUGAUGUUGGAGGCCUCCCUUUGAUGUCCCUGUCGCUGUCUAGUAAUGGGAUGACGAUGUUGGAUGGAGAGCGGGGGAUAGCUGGAGGAACUGGAUUUGACAAUGGAGGUGUGAAUGGACAAGAUGGUCAUGGGCCUCGUUCCAAUACACAUGUACAACACCACGUCAAACGAGGUGGGGCAGCUUUGAGGAGGACUGGCGCCACUGCUUCGUCUGAAGACGACACGGGGGCACAGGCCUUGCCCCUAGUACUUGGAAAAAGUGAACAGCAUGCUGUGAAUUCGUUCGGUGCCUCACCAAGUUUCUAUUUAAGGCUGGCUUCAGACUUCAUUCAUCUUUAAUUUUGUUUUCUGUGUGUCAUUUCCACGCCGGGACAGGAAAUGAAAAUUACCUACAUGAUUAUUGAUUGGGGGAAAAAACCCUCUCUAAUCCAGACUCCUCCGGGCGGCUCCCCUUCACCAUUCUAUCCUGAAUCCAUUGGCGGUGCAGGUUCACCACUUGUGGGAUCGUCGCCGAUGGGUAGCGACGACGUCUUCGGCAACAGCAUGCCUGAAGCUGCCUAUGCAGAGGAGCAAAGGCAGGCACUAGAGAGGCAGGGCAACUACGAGCAACGUAGAGAAGCAAAAGAAAAAGUUCUGGACAAACAACAAACUGUGGAAAGCGCCAGCAGGAGCAAGAGAACAACCAGAGGAUCAAAGCGCCAACCGGACGAGUCAACAGAGAAAAUGACGAGUACUAGUCGUGCAUCGCCUGACGAAGAUCCUGCUGCACGUAAACACGAAGUCGAAGGUCGACCUGGUAUUAAUCAGGAUAGCCAAGAGAACGUCAAUGUCAAAAAAGAAAACCCUUCUACUUCGUCAGCCGAACAACAAGUAGACGGAAGCAAAGGGCAAGAUGAUGUAGUUAUUGACGAGACGUCAGGAUCAUCACCUUUGGAGGACACUCAACAUCUCUCCGUAGACCUCCUAAAAAGUGGAACUUCUUCUUCAACAACGAAAACGAGAACUUCGACUUCCUCUUCCUCGUCUAGUACAGCUGCUGAAGGUGAACCCGGCGCUGAAAAUAACAUAGCAGACCGGCUAGAACCAAUCAGUGGAGCACCAGGUGCAGGAGAACCUUUUCCACCUCCAGCUGGAGGACAAGGGAUAUUCGACCAACAGCAGAGUCGAGCACCAGCAGCUGCCACGAAUUUGGAGAUGGGCCCAUGUUUUCCGAUCUCAAGCAUCAGGAGGUUGUUAGUUAAGAAAAAAAGAUCCAACUCAUAAUAAUUUCUGUGGUUUAGUUAAGACUGGGGAGUUGUGAACUAUGUACUAUAGGAUCCAACUGCUCAUCGAGGAAGCACACGACCAAUCUAUCCUCAGUUGAACUUGUUCGUGGGACCACGAGGUAAGCUUGAAGAGCUGGCAACAAGCACUUAUUGGAGCAUUGUCACACUCAUUGAAUGAAUCACACAACUCUAGCCAGCUGCAGGAUGAAAAACCACUCGUCGUCCAUGUUCCUCCUCGUAUCUUCUCACAACUCUAGCCAGCUGCAGGAUGAAAAACCACUUCCAUGUUCCUCCUCGUAUCUUCUAACUUCAGCCAAUCCGUAGCUGCCUCCAUGACGGGUCAAAAGGUCCUCCAUGCGCUAGGGCACUUCGAGCCACUCUUUCUCGCAAAUCCAGAAGACAAACAAGCGUUUGAAGACUUGAAGACGACGAUACAAGAGUUGCAGGGCUUUUUGCUGCCACUCUUUGAGAAAAUUGCAGCUCGCGAACGAAGACAGAGUGGUGAAGGCGGUGCGAGCUCGGAAGAAGAUGACCUUUUUUAUGCCUAGGAGUACACCGAAUCCGUGAAAUUAUCCAACACUUAACUAACUGAUUUCCGUGCCGCUUCGAAUUAGUAGCUUAAUCUCUUGCGUGAAGUAACAUCGUGACGAAACACUACGACGCCCUUGAGGCAGUCUGCACUGAACUUUGUGCGAGAUUUAUUGUAUUGUGUCGUAUAAGUCGGCAGAGCUUUCGACGAGAUCUUCGAUGUGUAAGCGGCCGGUACGGGAAUGAAUCAUCCUCGUCCAUUCUUUUGUCACAGCAGCUCUAACUUUGCCGUCUGAAAAUGGGUUACGUGGGUCUUUUCUUCGGCAUCUUCAACCCUGCUUUCCACGCAGUUGGCAGCAGCAGUCUUCUCGUCUUCUUCAAGGAAGGCGAUCAUCAGGUUCCUGCCAGGAAGUUGUCAUUUUUGGACACGACAAGGCGGUCGAAAGCGAAGCCACCUCUGAAAGUCCGUAGUCUGUUGGACUUGAGGGAAUUGUUGGAAGUUAUGGGUGAUGUGGAAUUGGGUGAUGUGGAUUAGAAGGCCUUGUCUAAGAAGAACAAGGGAAACAACACCGGUCAUAUAGGCAGCAGGCAUUGACUCUGCCCCGCGACUACAGGCUAGUUAUUUGUUAGAACAUGAUCCUGCUCGUGCUCGAAGUCCCCUUCCCCUGCUUCAUGCUGAAUUCAGCGAACCAAGCUUCGAAAAAUGACGACAGCCUCUGCUUUCGGAUAGACGUAUACCACCUUGCUAGAACACUGUAGGUUUGGGACUUCAACGUCGAUUCUUAACAACCGGACUUCUAAUCUCAAUUUGUAUCUUUCUGCAGAAAAGAACUGCCUGUCUUCAAAAAUCUCACAGCAAACCAAAAAUUAUACUAGGUCGAUCCCGGAGUCCUCUACAAUAGUGAAAGCAGUGCCAUGAUUCUUGGAGCGACUAUCAUGUUUUCGAGUGUAUGGCUCGCCUUCGAAUGCCGAUAUCGGCAUUUGCAUGGUCGACUAAAGAAGACGACACAGUUCUUAUUCGGAAAUCACGUGACCGAUGUGACUAUGAAUACGGCAGCGACCACAGCUGCUGGUCUGUCCGCUUCCUCACUCAGUGGAGCGGCAGCGGCUGCUGCGGGAGGUGAGAAUUCUCCGACGGGAAGCUUAUGAAAGGGUGCUGUUGAACUUGAAUUUGAUUGAUUUGGAUUUCUACACUACUUACUUAUACUUAAAAGAGAAGUCAUGGUGCUGUUGAACUUGAAUUUGAUUGAUUUGGAUUUCUACACUUACUUAAAGGAGAAGCUGUUCUUGUAAGCUAAACGAGCGCAUCCUUGUUCACGUUCACUUUCUAACUAAUGCUUCGGGUGCUUGUUCCUGUCUCGAAUGCAUAUGGCUACCUUGCUGUCAUUCCGACCAGCAUUGGUGUGAUGACGACGGCCAUUUGGAGCUAAGUUCGGCUUUGUUGGAACGAAGUAUUGCUAAACUUUAAGGCAGAGUGGAAAAGGUCAUUGUUGUAAUUGGACUUCUGCAUCGUGUACUCAGUCACUUCUGGUGGUACUGACUCACUUCUGUUGGUACUGACUCACUUCUGUUGGUCUGAAUACCAGAUUACUCAGUCACUUCUGUUGGUAAUUAUGAUUUGCAGUAUAACGCUUCAACGUCAUAAUUAUAUUUUGAAUGUUAUGAUGUGAACACAGGAAGGCGCACAACGAAACUUGACCUCUAAGAUCCCGACCAGAGUCAGCAACUGGUCGGCUCCCCUCUUCGCUUUGCCCAAAGCACCACCGCGACCGCUGUAACUGGCUCAUUUUCAGCUAGAGGAUCAAGUGCACGCGGAAGUCGGUCUUCGAGUUCAGCUGCAGCUCAGGCUGACGCACAGGGAGCAGGAGUGGGAAACUUGGCUCUCAGAGGUGGAGGCGGUCAUCAAGUCCAGAACCAGCCUCCAUAUUUCUCAUUAUGACACGAUGAGCACACAAACACAAUACGAGGACGAGCAUCUCAUCUCAUCUAGUUGUCAAGAACAAUCAUGAUUAGUAUCAUCGCUAAAAAUUCUAACAUUUGAAGGAGGCGCAACGUCAUCCUCUGAGGUUGAAAUGACUGCGCAGCAUAUGCAACAGCAAGCUGGCGAACCGUCCACUGGUGGUCUCAAGAGAAGGUACUAAGACUAGUGCUAUUGUUCUAGGAUUAUAAAUAGGUAAACGGAUUGGAUUUAUCUUCUCUUUCAUUUGGUUGUAACUACUACCCAACAACUACCGAUCAUUGUCAUGUAGUUGCAAGAAGAAAUACCGUAAUGCUCCUCAGGUUGACAUUGAUUGAGUCUCCCACCUUUAUUGCACAACCCCAAUAGGCGAGGACAAGUGGCCACCGGAACAGAAGGGGCUUUUUAUCAGCGACUACCGACAUCCGGACCUACUGAGGCGAGUACGCUUCCUCAUGAUCAUGGAAGCCUGCCUGAACCAUCACCACAGCACUUGUUUUAUGCGAACACCCAACAAGGCAGCAGCAGUUCCUCUGGCGAGAGCGGACUCCAGUUUUUCGCCUCGCCGGGAGCUGGAACGCAUCAUGCCGGUCUGUUGUUACGGGCACCUACGCCACCGCCAACAUAACAUGCCAUGAUCUGACACAGAAACAGAAAAAGAAGGUGUUGGAUGGUUGUUUCUCAAUUGUUGAAGAAGUAAGUAUCUUUAAGUUGCAAGUAGUCAAAUUCAUUGCACUGAAACACACAAUAGAAUAAAGUUGAAUGAUGGAAUAUUUUUGAGUUUCAGUUAGUUGUACGACGAAAAACAUGGAGAUCAACAUGAGGAGCACUGCCUUGGAACAUCUACCGCCUGGACUAUGCAACACGUAGUUCUUGUUUUUUAACGUAACGCAAGUAUGGCCUGAUAGUUCUUGUGUAUAAAAGCAACCGUAAGAUGAACCAGAUUGACGUAGUCCUCUACCAGCUUAUUUUUUGUUGAUCGAAGUUGUAAGCAUUUAAAGACUCAUAAUAACUUAAGUAUAGUAGUACAUUUCAUAGCAUAGAAAAACCAGAGAUUGAGGGGAGAAAAGGGAGUGGCUAGGACUAGCUGCGUUUUUUUCUGCCUUCAGAAAAUAGAGAGAUUUCAGACGCAAAAGUGACUGCAAAAUAAUCAUCUUGACAGGAUUUCGAUAACCAUUACUUACCAGCACGUAUCAUAUACGACCUACCAGCUGCUAAAUUUUUUGUUGAAGUUUCUUUUUCAGGGAUUCUGUCCCUCGACGAGAAUUAUGCAAACAGCUACUGGGCAAGGUCGUCAU